AUGCAUCAUAUGUAUCCUUUGGCCAAGGGCGAUCCGCUCUGUCCGCUGGGUUUCCACCCGCAGGUGCGGUGGCCGACGCGCUGUAAGCGCUGCUUCCGCGACUACAAAGAACAUGGCGGGGCGGUCCGCAAGAAAGAGGAUGACUUUACAGCCUCCACACCUAGCCUCUCUUCAUGGAACACGCCUACGUCACGAAGUCGUGAUGAUGAUAAUGGUGCAGAUGUGCUCAAGGUAGGGCGAAGUUGGGCAUCUAGCACGAAUCUUAGUACAGUUGAGCCUAACAAAAAAGACGCUUUCUCCAUAGGUUUGAACAAAACUUCAUCGUGGACAUCGACGCCAGACCUGGGGGCCAACGAGACCGAGAGCACGAACGCAGUCACCAUCAGUUUGAAACUGCCCAAGCGGCGGCUCACCGGACCGUUACCGUCUUUGGAUACGGGACAGAAUACUACCACUGAUACGGUGACAGUGCGACGACCGUCACCAUCUCCUCCCCCGUCGACCACGGUGCAGGCACAAAUUACUAUAAACAAAAACGACUCGCUUGCUGAACGUGUGCGCAAGAUGCAAUUAAUUAAAUCUCAAAAUAGUUUUGAAAAAGAAUCAAGUAUAGAGAAGGAAAGGGAAAGGAGAAGUUUAUCUAGGAGUAAAGAAGUUCAUCAAGAAGAAAAGCCUACUCGGCUUAAAGAGGAUAGAUCGGCGGCAAAGGACGACGUAAACUUUAUGAUGCAGGUAAAGAGUUCACGUAACUUGACAAGCUCAAAACCUCCUGUGCGAGGCGGGCCCUCUAAGGAAAAAGAUGAUUCAGACGAUGAAACUAGCAACUCUGGCACGGUCACUACAGAAACAACACUGGUUGACGUCAAUGUCAAGGAGUAUCAGGAGCAAAUAGAAAGUUUGAAUCAAGAAGUAGAACUUCUACGUAAGCGGUGUGAGAGAGUAGAGAAAGAAAAAAGUGACAUACUCCUGCGACGACUGGCGAAUAUAGACACGGUCAAUAAAUAUAGUACAGGAAGAUCAUCAGAAGUGCUAAAACUACAGCAGAAAGUCAACGAACUAACGUCUCAGAAUGAAGAUUUAAAAGACGAGAAGAAUCAUCUCACAUUAAAGAUUAAAGAAGUAGAAAGUGAACUCGAGUCCAGACCAUCUGUAGAAGCACAGGCUCGACAAAUUGAACAGCUCCGAGCAAAGCUGUUAGCUGCGGAAACCUUGUGCGAGGAACUGAUGGAUGAGAACGAGGACAUGAAAAAGGAACUGCGCGACCUCGAGGAGGAGAUCGAGGAAAUGCAGGACAAUUUUAGAGAGGACCAAGCCGAUGAAUACUCUUCUCUUAGGAGAGAGUUGGAGCAGACAAUAAAGAAUUGUAGAGUUUUAUCGUUUAAGUUAAAAAAGACUGAAAGAAAAGCUGAGCAACUUGAGCAAGAGAAAGCAGAACACGAGAAAAAACUCUUGGAAAUAGUCGGCGGCCAAGAAGGACUACAGCGUGAGAAUCGCAUUAAGGAGUUGGAACAAGAGGUGACUCGGGCAAACGAGGUGGCGCUGAGGUUACAAAGGGAACUGACCGAAGCUAACACUAAGCUAACAGCCGCCUCAGGAGCACCGCCAGCCAACCUUAAAAAGAACCAGCUGACAGACGGGAAAGUAUCACGUUCGUCACUGACUCGUGGCGGAAGUCAAGAGGACCCGGCUCAGUUACUUCGAGAUCUUCAGGACUCCCUGGAACGUGAAGCCGAUCUUCGUGAACAACUACGAAAUGCGGAAGAGGAGGCAAAUAACUUACGUAAAACUGCGUCCCGGGUCGAGGACGACAAUGAGUCCUUGCUACUACAGCUGAAGAAAAUGGCUACCAAAGCCAGAAGUCGUAAGCUGUCGCCCACACCCCCAUCAAAUAAACUUGAUGUUUAUGAAAAAGAUGGAAAAACAGAUGAAGAAGACCCUACUGAACUUCGAUUACUUCUUGAACUAAACGAGCAGGAAGCAUCCGUGUUAAGACGUAAAGUAGAAGAAAUGGAGCAAGAAAGAGAUUCUUUAAAGAAACAAAUUAAGGAACUUACAGACAAAAUUGCUAACCAAUCCAAAACUAAUUCAACAGUAACUCUCCGUCGGUCCACUAAUGCUAAAAGUAACAAUUUGGCAGAUGAAAAAGUUAAGGUAUUAGAAGACGAAAUAGCAGAAUUAAGGAAAAAACUUAUAGAAAAAGAACGAGACUGUGAAAGGCUACAUGCUGAAUUAAGUUUAGCACAAAAGAAACCAAAAGCCUCACUUAUAAAAAGCAAAUCACUCGACGGAGACCAGCAAAAUAUCGACUUGAAACGUCAACUUCAAGUUAUAGAGCAAGAGGCAAAUGUUCUUCGGUCGAAAACACAAGCCUUAGAGGCUGACAAUGAAAAGCUUCAGGCAGAAAACAAGAAAUUACAGUUAUUGAAGAACGCUAAGACAUUAAAGUCUGAUAAAUCAAUAGAACAAAGUACAAAUAAAAUAAGUAACUUAGAAAAUCAACUAAAAGAAGCUUUAGAAAAAAUCACCGAAAUUGAAAGUAACAAAGAUAAAGAGGAAAAAACAGAACCAAAAAAGGUUAGGUUUGGAGGAGAAGUAAAUAAUAAAAAAGACAGCGAAUUACUAAAAACAAAACAAAACGAGUUGGACAAGUUAAAACUCAGCUACAACAAACUAGAGAAAGAAAAAGCUCAACUUCAAGCAUCUUUGAAGGCAUUGAAAGAAGAUGCAAUAAAAUCCUUUAAACCACGAGUUCCAAAAAAACUAACCGACCUAACAACAAAACUGCAGAUGAAGAAAAUGGUAGACGAACUAGAAAACGAAAUAGGCGAAAUGUAUGUGAUAAUGAAAAAUGCUGGACUUACUGGUACCGAAAUAAGUACAAAAGUACAACUAGAGAAAGAUAUAGAAGAUAUAAAAUUAAAAUUAUCGAAAAAUGACGAAGAGUUCAAAAAUGAAAAGAAUAGGCUACAAACUGACAUUGCCAAACUAAGGGAUCUAAAUACAAAAUUAGAGACUGAUAAUACAGACUUAAGUAAAAAGUGUAAAAAACUAGAAACAGAAAAUAAUAGCAAAUCCAACCAGUGUCAAACUUUGCACGAAGAGAAAAAAAGUCUCGAAAUAGAAAUAACCAAACUUAAUACUGAUCUAAAAAAUGCAACGUCCUUACAAACAACAAUGUCUGACUGUAUGAAGAAAAUAGAAGAACUGAAAAAGGAUAUUGAUGAUAAAGAAAAAGAAAUCGAAAAAUUGAAAAAGCAAGUUGAAAAUGUUAAUAAAUUAGAGCAAGAUAAACAAAAACUGCUAAAAGAGGUUGCAGAUAAGGCUAAAAAAAUUGGGGAGUUAGAAAAGAAAUUGAAAGAAGCUGAUGAGAAAUACAAGCGAAUUGAGAAACAACUAUCUGCACGAAAGGACCGUGUAGCGAAAUUAGAGAAAGAGGAAGAUACUCUACGAGAUACAUCGAAUCCAAAAUAUGAUGAAGCCAUAUCAUCAGUAGAAAUGGCACAAAUGCAGAGUAAGUUAGAAAAAGCUACCAGAGAUCUCGAAGAGAAACAAGAGGAAUUAACUACUUUAAAACAAAAUCUAAGUAAGACUGAAAAAGAGCUAUCGACAGCAAAAACAGAAAUUUCACAAAUAAAAUCAGAGGUAGCCAAACUGGAAAGUGCCAAGAAAGAUUACGAUAGUAAGUUACAAGCAGAAAAGAAAGAGUCUAGUUACUGGGAAAGCAAAGCUUCAGAAUUAGAAACAGAUUUACAGUCGGAACGCAAGAAGCUAGAACGCAUGAGAAUAGCUCACGACAAAGACAUUAAGAAUAAAGAAGCUGAAUUAGCGACUCUUAAGGGUAAAUUAAAAAUUCUGGAACAAUCGUCAGGUGCUGGAGCAAAGAAAAUAUCUGAUCUUAAACAAGAAUAUGAAGAAACCGUAAAAAAAUUAGAGCAUUCACUUGCUGUUGAAAAGGCUGAAUAUGAAGAGUUGACUGGCAAGUAUGAAAUAUUAGAAGAAGAACACGUAGUAACUAAAGCUAGACUGACGGUGGAAAAAGAACAAGCCCAAAGCGAAUUAAGUCACGCCCAGAAGGAGUUGAAUGUCGCAUUAGCUGAAAUAAAAACACUUCAAGAUAACUACGAUGCGCAGUCUUCCGCUUGGACGAGAGAAAAGACUAACUUAGAGAAUUCAAUAUCGUCGCUCCAAGAUCGGCUAUGUGGUGGAGGCUGGGAGGUGGAACGUGCACGGCUUAAUGCAAAACUGGAACAACGAGAACGAGAGCUGCGCACUGCAAAUGAUCAACGGGAUGUCUUGGAACAUCAUCACGAUAGUGCCAAGAAAGAGUUGGAGGAAGCUAAAAGAAAACUUGAAGACUACGAAAAAGUAUCUAAGGUUCAUAGGACCUUGACGACAGAGAACGCGGAACUAGAAAGAGAAUUGUCGGCUAUGAACACGAGACUAGAACAAGCUGAAGCAGCAAGGAAGAAUGAGCUUGGUGAGAUGAAGUUGAGGUAUGAGAGCCAAAUGAAUACUAUGAGAGAUGAGUUGAAGUCGCUACACAACCAGGUAUCAAGAUUCAGGCGAGAAAGAGAUAAUUACAAGCAGAUGCUGGAUGCUGCUCAGAAGACAAUAUCAGAAAUGAAGAACGGUGAUAAGAAUGCAAGAAUAGCGCGAGCUUCUAUAUCCAGUACUGAUGAGGAAGAAUACCGCACAAGACUGGCAACACUGGAGCAGCAAACGGCAUGUUUAGAAGAUGAAUUGUGUGAAGCUCGGCUGUUAGCCUCCAAACUCAAUACUGAGCUUGUCAGCGAACGUUCUGCGGCCGAAGUGCGGUUUGCCGAGAUGCAAUCUAGACUUAACGAGUAUGAAGAGGAGAGAUUGUUAACGUCAGGGCGGGCGAGAGUGGCAGGUCUUGCUACUCGAAUGGAACUUGCGUGGCACAAGGAACGCGAUGAACAGCAACGGUUACUUCAAGAAACCUCCACUCUCGCUAGGGAUCUCCGACAAACACUAUUUGAGAUUGAACGUGAAAGAGAAAAGGAGAGGUUAGAUAUGAAGAGAAGAAUAGAACAACUAAAGAGAACGACUGAAGAAGAAACUGAGGAGGCUAAGAAAAAGGUGACAGAGUUACAAUGUGAUUUGUUAGAGUUACGUGAUGCCCAUGCAAAAUUGCGCACAGCAAAUGAAAAAUUACGCCGUGACAAGGAGCGACACGAUCGAGAUCGCGACCAGAACAAACUACUUGUGGGUUCUCUUAAACGAGCACAACAGGAGGAUGAUAGGAUUAUAACUCAACUGCUGGAGACAAUUGACGAUCUAAUGAAACAGAGUCCAGAAUUGUUCCGUGCAGAAGCUGCUGUGAAACCUGAAAAGAACUUAGCAACACCUACGCCUCCUCGAAGGAAUAGGUCUUCCAAAUCUCGAUCUCGCUCGGCUACGCCGGAGAGCGGCACGAACGGCAUGGAGGCGGUCUCCACAGCAGCGCGCCUGCGCCGCCUCACGGACGAGUUGCGCGCCUCACGCAUCGCAGAACGGCAGCGGAGACAUCAAGCCACUGCUAGACGGGCCAUGUCGACGGAGCCUCGCGACACAUUAUCCGUGACACCGGCAUCGCGCACACCCUCACGUGCGCCAUCACUCAAGAAACGGUCCAUAUCGCUCGAACAAACAACCAAAGAACAGAGCUCAAUAUGGAAAUCUAUGGACGAGGGUAGCGUUUCAUCGAUACAAUCUCUUGACGGGGAUGACGGCUGUCUUUUUACCAUGCAGCGAGAUGCAAGUCUAGACAGUCGAUUGUCAGGAGGGUCGGCUCAGAGUGAGGUACUCUCUACAGAAAAGAAGAAAAAGAAGAGUAUAUUUGGCAAAUUAAAAAAAUUAACUAAGUCCCGUUCUAUUGACGAUCAAGUAGACUCAACUGGAGUCGUGGAUUUUAGACCUAUUGGCACUGUUUCCCAGCAGGGGUCCGAUUCCGAUAUGAGCGCUGCGGGAAGUAAGCGCGACCUACGAGGACGUUUGUCGGAUAUGUUUAGCAGAAAGGGUCAACUCUCUCGAGGGAACAGCAAAGAAUUAAGUCCAGAGAGGCCGGUGAGUGCAAUGAGCAGCGUCAGCACGUUAUCGCGACCUCCAUUACGUAACAACAGCAGCUCGACAUUGACACGCGCAUCGCCAGUGAAACCGGAUGUGCCAAGGCCUGCGAGUGCCACGCCUGCGGCAAAGAGGAAAGGAAAAUAA